GCCUAUUCAAUUUUCAUACCUCAAUUGGGGAAAAGAGAUUCUGAGCUCUGAGCUGUCAUUGUGAUUGGGCCCUCUGGUCUUUUGGAGUGGAGUAAUUGAUUCCAAUUCAAUGGAACCUUUCAGUGUUGCUGCAUCAGAAUCUCAGAUCAAAAAGGACAAAGACACUAAUGUAAAACCUCCUAAUAGUCCGCGUCAUCGAAAGGUUCUUGCUAGAUGGGAUCCAGCUGAAGGGCAGAGGCCAGUCAUUGGUGAAGCUCCAGUAUUCUACCCUUCAUUAGAGGAGUUUGAAGAUACAAUUGCUUACAUAGAAAAGAUACGUCCAAUAGCUGAAUUAUUUGGUAUAUGCCGAAUCAUACCACCCUCGAACUGGUCUCCUCCUUGUCGGCUAAAGGAGAAAAGCAUAUGGGAGCAUACAAAGUUCCCUACCCGUAUUCAGCAUGUUGACCUGCUUCAGAACAGAGAGCCGAUGAAGAAGAAGAGGAAACCUAAGGGAAGAAAACGGAAGCGAAGAAGAAACUCAAGAAUGGGUUCCUCCAAGCGACCUGGAACAGUUCCCUCUCCCGAGACGAAUGAAGAAGAGAAAUUUGGUUUCAACGCUGGCUCAGACUUCACUUUUGAGGAGUUUGAGAGAUACGCUAGGUAUUUCAAAGACUCCUACUUUGAAAGAAGAAAAGACUCUGUUGGAGAUACAAAGUGGACUCCAUCUAUUGAAGAAAUCGAAGGAGAAUACUGGAGGAUAGUUGAGCGACCAACUGAUGAAGUCCAGGUAUAUUAUGGAGCCGAUUUAGAGAAUCGGGUACUCGGAAGCGGAUUUUACAACGGAGUUGAAAUGUUAACGGGAAAGAGUAAAAUGGAUCAAUACAUAGCUUCUGGUUGGAACUUGAAUAACUUACGGCGUCUUCCUGGUUCUCUACUCUCGUUUGAGCACUCUGAUAUCUCUGGUGUUCUUGUGCCAUGGGUCUACGUUGGAAUGUGUUUUUCAACGUUUUGUUGGCAUGUCGAGGAUCAUCACCUUUAUUCACUGAACUAUCAUCACUUUGGCGAGCCAAAAGUAUGGUACGGAGUUCCGGGAAGCCAUGCAACGGGACUAGAGGAGGCCAUGAGAAAACAUCUACCAGAUCUCUUCGAUGAACAGCCUAAUCUGCUUCAUGGACUUGUUACUCAAUUCUCUCCUUCUAUUUUAAAAGACGAGGGAGUCCCGGUUUAUCGAGCGGUUCAGAAAUCAGGGGAAUUUGUUCUGACAUUCCCUAGGGCAUAUCACGCCGGUUUCAACAGCGGAUUCAACUGCGCGGAAGCGGUUAAUGUUGCUCCGGUUGACUGGUUGUCUCACGGACAGAAAGCUGUGGAAGUAUACAGUGAAGAGAUUCGUAAGACGUCUCUGUCUCAUGACAAACUUCUUCUUGGAGCAGCUUAUGAAGCUGUCAAGUCCCUUUGGGAACUCUUCGCUCGUGGGGAAGAAGAAAAUGCAAAGAACUCGAGAUGGAAAGGUCUCUGCGGGAAGAAUGGAACUCUUACUAAUGCGGUUGAAGCUCGGUUACGUAUAGAACAGAGAAGUAUCGAGGCUCUUGGAAAUGGUUUCAGAUUGGUAAAGAUGGAUAAGGAGUUUGAUUCGAACUGCGAAAGGGAAUGCAUCUCGUGCUUCUACGACUUGCAUCUAUCGGCCUCUGGCUGCAACAAGUGCUGUCCCGGAGAAUACGCUUGCACGAACCACGUGGAAAAACUUUGUUCAUGUGAAGGGAACGAUCGGUUCAUCCUUGUUCGUUACACCGUGAAGGAGUUAAGCUCGUUGGUCAGAGCAUUGGAAGGCGAAACAGAGGAUCUGAAAACUUGGGCUUCUAAAGUCAUCGGAGAUUAUUCAGAGACUCAUAAGGAAGAAUCUAGUCCGGUCAUUCUUGAGGAAAAACCGCUAAAGGAAGGUGCUUUUGACCUGAAUCUUGAAUUUCAGUUGGAUGGCGAGCUUGAUGCUGCUUCUUCAGAGACCCGUGCUGUUGCAUCCACGAUGAACUUUGCUGCCGACGUCGAGCCUAUAAACCUAGGGUUCUUGGUUUUCGGAAAGCUUUGGUGUGACAAGCAUGCUAUAUUUCCAAAAGGGUUUAAGAGUCGGGUUAAGUUCUAUAACGUGAAAGAUCCAAUGAGGAUAAGCUAUUACAUCUGUGAAGUUGUAGACGCAGGACUUAUGGGUCCACUCUUCAGGGUUACUCUAGAAGAAUCUCAAGACGAGAGCUUCUCUAAUGUCUCAGCUCAGAAAUGCUGGGAAAUGGUGUUGCAAAGAGUUAACGAAGAGAUGAGAAAGCGAAGCAGCCAAGAACAGAGUGUUCAUACUUUGGAAAGCAUCGACGGUCUACGAAUGUUCGGUUUUUCCUCCCCAUCUAUAAUUCAGGCCACUGAGGCUCUUGACCAAAACCAUCGUCUGGUGGAAUAUUGGAACCACAAGUCACAGAGGGAUCCGUUGGCAAUGAAAGAUUGCUUCAUGUCAAAUUCUCCCAUGAGCUUAACCAAAGAAAAAAAAAUUUGGGGUCCAUUUGAAAUGAAAUAGAACUCACCAACUUUUUCUGUUUAUUAUGUAUUGUUAGUAUGGACUGCCUAAAUGUAAUUUUCGUAGUAUAUUUUUUCUCUGAUCAGGCUCGUGAAGAACAAGUUGUAACUUUUGUUCCUUAUGAUUAGUUUUGAAGCUUAGAAAAA